AUGUUCGAAGCCGGCAUUAUCGAUCCGAUGAAAGUGGUGAAGUCUGCCGUAGUGAAUGCGUGCUCGGUGGCAGGGAUGAUGAUUACGACUGAAGCGGCGGUGGUGGAAAAGGACUUGCCCACGAUGCGCAAGCGAGUGGAGGAUGAGGGGAUGGAGAACACACACAAGAAACAGGAGUUUGAGAAUUUACGCAAGAGCGUCAAUGAGCGAAAUGCCCCAAUGCCAAAAUUGGCGCCACCGAUGAAGUUUGAUAUGAAAGGACUAUAA